AAAUCCCGGUUUGGUUGCAUCCCUUCCUCAGGAAAAGGGACAGGAUUGUCUAAAAUCGUUUUGAGUGAGGACUGUAGGUGCUCUCAGUGGACCUGUGUGCAGGACCAGGUGCUCUUUGCAGGUUUGGUGUUUGGAUGCUGCUGCAACACUGUAGCAGACCGCUGCUGUAAGAGAGAAAGAAAGGUUAGUGUGGCGCUUACAAGCAGUGAAAGCUGCUACAUUGCAGCUUGCUAAUUCUACAUUGUAGUGUCAUAUAGGCCUGUUUAGAAACAACAGCUGUGGCCUCAGAGAGAAACCCAGCUUCAUCCCUGACCGAUGGACCUCCUCAGCUUCGUGUGCGCGGUCCUUCUGUGCACUGUUGUGGUGCAUGGUAAACCAACGUUAAGGAAAGAGAGAGUUCAUCAUGACCCAGAACUGAGCAGGCAGGCGCACGAAGACAAUAAAAGCUACCAAUACGACCAUGAGGCCUUUCUUGGCAAAGAGGAGGCCAAAACAUUUGACCAGCUCACCCCCGAGGAGAGCAAGGACAGGCUUGGUAAAAUCGUGGACCGGAUAGACAGCGACGGUAAUGGCUACAUCACCACGGCUGAACUCAAGGCCUGGAUAAAACGUGUACAGAAGCGUUAUGUAUAUGAGAACGUGGCAAAGGUGUGGACAGAUUAUGACCUGAACAAAGACAACAAGAUUUCAUGGGAUGAGUACAAGCAGGCCACAUACGGAUACUACCUCGCCAACCCGGAGGAGUUUGAGGAUGCCACAGACCAGUUCAGCUUCAAGAAGAUGCUUCCUCGUGACGAGAGGAGGUUUAAAUCAGCUGAUCUGAACGGGGACCAUGCAGCAGACAGAGAAGAGUUCACAGCCUUCCUCCACCCUGAGGAGUUUGAACACAUGAAGGAUAUUGUGGUUCUGGAAACCCUGGAGGACAUUGACAAGAACGGCGAUGGACAUGUGGAUGAGGAUGAGUAUAUUGCUGACAUGUUUGCUCAUGAGGAUGGGGGUCCAGAGCCAGACUGGGUCAGGACUGAGAGGGAACAGUUCUCUGACUUCCGAGACUUGAACAAAGAUGGUAAGAUGGACCAGGACGAGAUCCGCCACUGGAUUAUGCCCCAAGACUACGACCACGCCCAGGCUGAGGCCAGACAUCUGGUGUAUGAGUCUGACCAGGACAAGGAUGAAAUGCUGACCAAAGAAGAGAUCCUUGAGAACUGGAACAUGUUCGUUGGAAGUCAGGCCACCAACUAUGGAGAGGACCUCACCAGGAACCAUGAUGAGCUCUGAGCUCUCAGUGUGUGUAUUCGUGUGCGUGUGUGUGCGUGUGUGUGUGUGUGUGUGAGAGAGAGAGAGAGAGAGAGGAGGAUUGUUGAACAUCUUUGUCUUCAAAGACAAAAUCACAGACUCUUAUGCCUCCACCUACCACCGCUCCACCUCUCCAUCCUUUCCCUGUAAUAGUGGGACAGACAUUAGUGUGUUGGACUUUAAACCAACACUGUAGAUAUCAAACGAGAAGAGGAAUGAAGGUCGGUCCUGCCACUAACACUAAGAGUCCAUUUUGGCGCUUGUGUCGACGGCUCUGUUUCUGACAUUCAGGAGCAAAGCCAGACUCAGACUCUCCAUCGAUGGUGCCUUCCAGCCGCAUCGCCGGCUUCGCUGCCUCAGAGAUCUGUGUAGAUAGUCUUUAAUAAAAACCUGUCAAAGCUGAGUGCUGAGCUUUACACCAAUUGUCAGAUACAGGAACAGUUUUUGAUAGCAAAGUUAAUGUGAAACAGCAGCUCAGAACAUUUAUGCUGACUUUAUUUAUUUAUCAGAUAACCUCUGAACUUUAGGUCUGAGAGGACUACUGUGUUUAAAUAGAGAUUUGUUUUUGUUUUUUUACUGAAGACACAUGUUUCUUUGUUUACAGUUUUUCUGGCCAAACUAUUAUUGUUAUUAUUUUUUGAUUUAGUCAAAUGCUCUAAAAACUAACUGAUGUUUAACAGCAUGGUUUUUGCACGUGUUUGUUUUAGUUUAGCCUGUGAAAGAUUUUUUUCCUGGUAGUUUUUAAUGUAUUUAUUAAGGCCAACAGUAUGCUCUAUGUUCAGUUUUUAUUGACUUUUAGUGAUGUUACGUUUGAGCUUUACCUUUUUAAAUGUGUCCAGUUUAACUAAGUUUGUUUGUUUUUGAUUACUGGCUUGAAUACAUAAGAGGAAGGAAGAAAAGGUUCCUCUCCUCACUCCUCACAUGACUCCUUUCUCUCUGUUACAUCACUCCCAGGUCAUCCUCUGUAUCAGAUGAACCCAAUGUUUUAUAUAUCAACCUGGUGUUUUUGAAAUGCAUCUGCUGUCAUUUGUAUCACAUAUUAUAUAUUGUUUACUGGACAGUUUGUAUGACUGGUGCAUAGAACAAUGCAAGGGUCUUGUAAUUUUAGUCAAAUUAAUGUCUAAUUCUUCUCAUCUUUUAAUGCUUUGAUGUCCCAAACCUCAGUUGCAUUAGUAGUCCACAUCACACAUGGGCACAAACGCAUCACCAUGCCUCAUUUUCCACACUACACAUGUUCAUGAAUUGUGUCAAAAUAAAAGAAAUAAAAAAGAGAA